AUGAUGCCAGAUGGUGGUGGUGGUGGUGGUGGUGUAGGUAGCUCAAAUGACUUUGCAGGAGAUGGCAAUGGAAUUCUAGAUGGUUUGACUAAGGAACUCAGAAAAAGUGAUGGUGAUGUAAACUCCAUCCAUAGAGCAGCUUCUACCACGACGGCGCCGGAUACAGUGGCCACGAGGCUGGAGGAACCAGGGCUGGAGACGGGUGUCCAGGCGCCAGUGGCACUGGCCCUGCUGGCUAGUUACCUGGCGCCCACGGUGACGCAGUCUGCACCUGUGCGUGUCCUAGCCAGUUCAGUGAUGUCGUCCUGUGGUGGAACAGGCAAUUCAAAUGGUUUUGAAGGUGGUGGCGGUGCAGGCAUGGGAAGUUCAGCAAUUGGACUAUUAGGUGAGGGUGAGACAGGUUUACCAGAUAAAGGAAAUGUCUGUAACCAAAGUUCGUGCGGUGGAGGCAGUAUUGGAAUAUUGGGCUUCCUAGGAUCUGUGAUGCUAG